AUGCCACCCAAACAAAAAAAGAUUACUGAUUCAUUCAAAACAUUGUCAUCUCAAUCAACACCAUCCAGUCAGGAUGAUUCUUCUCAGAAAAGUCCGAACAACGUUGAGAACAUUUCACCAAGCUCAAAUCCUUAUGGAUUAUCAUUGACAAUUGAGCCCAUUGAUGACAAUAACAAGCUAGAUACUUUUAUACAAUCUGCAAUACAAGGAGGUGUGAAAAGAAAUUGGAAUCUACAUCAAUUAAAACAAACGCUUAAGGAAUUACAAGAAGAGUUCAAACCAAAGAUUGAGGAAAGAGUUCAAUUCUGGGAAACAGAGUUAGCUAAGGUUGAUGAAAUUCUAAGAGGUUCAUCACAACGCUCUUCUACUCCUCAAUCAAUGGUUGAAACUCCCAAAUCCCCUUUCACAAAAAGUACAGCAAACCUACCACCCACAAAAGGAGACUUAGCAAUGACCAAAUCGCAGAAAUCACUCUUAGACUAUUUCUCAUCGAAUCAUGACAACAAUGAACAACUUGCAACCACUUCCACCACAGAUACAACUGCCUUACCAACAACAACCUUAGAUGAAAUCUCAACAGCCUUUACUUCAAAAGAAAUCAGUCCAUCAGAAAUUCCCACAAUGCCAUCCGAUUCAGCAACAACAACACUUAAGAGCGAACCCAAAGCUAACCUAACCACUUCUUCUCCGAAUAUGAUGAUGACAAACGUUACCACUCUUUCCUGUACCAAAACACCUUCCAAAUCCAAAGCCAUUCCAUCCCCUCAACCAACCUCUGUAUUGAAAGGCGAAGAUAUUACUUCCCAGAAUCGCAUCAAAACACCAACUCCACUUCUCUCUAGCGAAACUCAACCACCCCAAGCGCUUGCAGGCACCACAAGCACGGAUCAAAUUUUUUCGUCAACCGUUACUCAACCUUCAGCAGCAACAAAGGUUCUUCCAUCCUCUUCCUCCUCCACUCAAGAAACUGCCCAUUUUCUACCACCACUACCACCAACAUCUACUCAGGAUCUAAAGGUUGCUCAAAAAGCUCCAAAAAGUCAAUCCAAGAAAUCUACAAGAAAAACCUCUAAAAAAGCUUCAAAGAAGAAGAAAAAGAUUCUUGAUGACGAGGAUGAUGCCAUGAUUGAUGAUGAAGAUGACGAAUACAAACCCUCACUAACCGAUGAAGAAGAUCAGCUCAUACUCGAUGAAGAGGAAGACAUGGAAGAUGAUGAGGAUGAAGAAUUGAUGCUCAUCAAGGACCAACAAUUGGGAAAGAGAAAGAGAGGUAGUAGCAAUGUUGGUGGAGGUACAGAACUACCACCACCACGAGCCUUACAUGAAGAUGUCGACGACGAUGAAACCACACAUGCAAAGAAGGAGAGUGGAAGAGCUGAAGAAGCCUCAGAGGAAGAGACCUCCAUCAAGACACGAUCUGCAAGAAAGAAGACGAGAGGUGUAACUCCUAAACUUGGCAAUGCCUCUCCAAGUGUUGUCGCUGAUAUCCACCAUGCACCACCUCCUCAACCAUCAGAGGAUCCAUUCACUUCCAUCAAGACGGAAGAUAUGAUAGACCGAGAUGAUUCUGUAUCAAGAAGUAGUAAUCAAUCUCCACUUCCUUUUGAUGAUGUUUCUUCAAUUUCCAUGUCUGACCAUGUCCAAUCAUCAUCAUCCAUGCUACCUCAAACACCAAGUACCAAGAAAAAGAAACGAACUGCUGCCAGUAGCACGAGAAGACGUAAAAAAAAACCAUCAGGAUCGGAUGACACGUCAGGACAAGCACUGGUAUCAUCGACUGCUCAAGGAGACUAUGAUGGAGAUGUGUUUUUAGGGUUGGAAGAUGAACACUAUGUUGCUUCAAAAACUCCAUCCUCUCAAAUUGAUCGUACUCUUCCUCAGCAUCAAUUCUGGGAAUACAUUAACAGCUUCUUCCCUGUGAUUAAGAAGGAUCGAUUGAAAUUAUUAGAGGGAGAAAAUAGUGAGAAUGAUGAAGCCUUUAAAAUUGGAAAAAAAGGAAAAUAUUACACUGAAAAAUGGGAAGAAGAAACUACAAAGAUUUAUCCUAAUUUGCCAAAGAAAACCACCAGCGACACUACUCAACAAAUUCAGCUUGCUGAUUCUGAUGCAGAAAAUUUGAAUGUUGAAAAAGCAUCCAAACUCUUCUUCUCUCAGCACAGCCUUUCUCAGCGAUUACUUUCAUCACUAAUUGAAGAACGAGAUUUAGUACCACUAGACACCUUUGUUGAUGAUUUAUCUGCAAGUUCUUCUUCAAAUUCAUACAAUAUUGAUAGUGAUAAUGAAUCUAUUGACGAACAAACUCCUAGAAAGUCAAGUAGGUCUACUAGAAAGGCUAUUGCAACACCAUCCUCGGCAAAAUUGACUACAUUUCCAUCCUCGUCAACAACAACUCCAAUGACUCCUUCCACUGCUAAUAUUUUUAGUUCCAAUUCAGUAUUACCUGCUGAUUUCACCAAUCAAUCAUCCGUUCUUGAACAUCAACAACAAUUUGAAAUUUCAGAAUAUUUGAAACAAAAAUUACCUAAUCUCUCGAAAAAUCAAAUCCAAAGUGCCAAUCAAAUUCUUUCAUUGAGCAAUCAAUUUAAAGAUGUUGAACAAAUGUUUAAUAGCACAUCCUUUGAUUACGCUCCUCAGUAUAUAUCUGUGUUUGAAGAAAAGUUGCUUCAUGAAAUUAAGAGCAUUGGAAUACUGCCUCAACAACAACAGCUUAAUCCACAGUUAUGGGUUGAUGAAGAGUCUCGAGAGGACGAUGAUAUUUGUGCCGAAAUUCGAACUCUUCAAAACAAAUUGCGAGAACAAAUGCAAAGAACCAACGACAUUAGAAUGAAAAUUUUGAAAAGAGUCAAAUCGCAACUCCACGAAGAAAAGGAUAUUGAAAAGAAGAUUUCACAAUUUGCAGAACUAGAACGAAAAUUAUUCCCACCAACUCCCCAAAACAAAGCAAGACGGUAA